AUGACUUCGGUGACUUCGGACAUGUUGAUGUCACGGGCGAACGGUGACCGUGCGCGCGGGAACAAGGGCGUGUGGUCCAUGUUUUUCCCGGACGCUCAAGAGGAAUUCGCGCGAGCUUGGACGGCCAAGAGUGUAGCCAGUGUGGCAUUGGGACGCGGGUUUGUUGUGAAUUAUGACGACGGGACGGCGACUUGGUCGGACGUUUCGCCCUUGCUGGAGUCGAAGCUGCGUCAGCAGGGCGUGCAGACAGGCAGCUUCGGCGGCAAGGCUUCCGUACGUAUUCGUUAUUUGGUGCUCGGUGACGAAGGCAAUUUCUACGUCAAGUUUGACAACGGCCGCAUGGAAUGGUGCGGCCAGGACAGCUUCGGCGCGGCGCUCCGGCGCGGAGUCAGCGAGCGACACCUACUCGUCGAAAAGGUCGCCUUUGCUCAGGAAGGCGGCUGGCUAAUUAUCUGGAGCGACCGGACCUUCGAGGCCGAGAACAUUCCCGACACUCUGGAACAGAGACUCGGUGGGACUCGCGUUGACGACGGACGAAUAACCGGCCCCGCCUCCGGCAUCAAGGACAUCACCCUGGGACCCGCCGGGGAGUGGUUCGUGAUCUACAGAGAUCACUCUGUCCAGGCAGACAACCUGCCAGAUGGCCUAUAUAAAUGUCUUAGCCAAAUCAGAGAAAAAACCGGACGAGUCAGAAGCAUUGCCUUUGGCGAAAACCGCAGCUGGUUCGUGCGCUAUUGGGACGGCGCCAAAUAG